AUUUAAUAUUUAAAAAGAUAUAACGUCUUCUUACACAACCCUUGUUCCCUUGCAAUAACUAAAUUACUUGCAUAGCUCGGGCUCGAUGGACGUGGAGCUAUCUAUAGGGGAGGAGGACGUCGGCACGAGCAACCCGAUCAAGGAGGAGGUCGAGAAGGAUGAAAUGGAUUCUUUGAAGGAAGAAUAUAUCUGGAGGAACCGACGGGAGAGAAUGAAUAAUGCUCUGGUGGCUCCAAGAAUUGCCACACGACAACAACCAGAAACUUUGUACGCAGUUGCGAGCAGCCUGGCGGAUGUUAUCGAAGGCGCCGAUGUGGAAGAGUUCAUUUCUGCGAUCGAAAGGCUACCUGCUCAAACAGAUCCGUCUGCCGCUCUCAAUUUCCAAGGGCUACCGAGGGGUUCACUACUCCACGUUGCAGCCGGGACGGGCAAGGACGACAUCCUAAGGCUCCUGGUUGAUUAUGUAAGUGACCAUCUCAUAGCAGCCCAAAAUAAUUGGGGAGAUACCCCCCUCCACGUGGCUGCUAAGGCCUGGGGAUCUGGAGCUGCCGCAAAGUUGAUUCACCGGGCAAGAGACCUCCCCAACAUGGAGGACACGAACCUGAUCCUCAGGAAGAGGAACAAACAUGGAAACACUGCUUUGCAUGAGGCUGUGCUUAAUAGUCAUGCCGACAUGGUGCGCUUGUUGUUGGGGGAAAAUCCGGAGCUUGUGUAUUUGAAUAACGCGGCACAGAAAUCUCCCCUGUACCUUGCCACUGACAUUGAGAACCCCACGAUACACGAGGUUUUAUUUACGCCCUCCCUUGAACCAUCCAAGAUAGAAGGCUUGCCGCCUGUUCAUGGUGCCGUUGGGCGUCAUAACUAUGGAUUAGUCAAAAAGAUACUCGAAAAGAACAUGAAAGUAUUUGCAAUGACCGACUCCGGAGGUGGUAAUGUAUUCCAUUUAGCUGCUUACUACGACCGGCGUCCAGUAUUCGAUCUCUUACGUCCAGAAACUGAAUAUUUGGCCCGAGAACCGGACAUGAAUGGGGAUCUUCCAAUUCAUAUCGCGAGCAAGACGGGUCAUGUUGAACUGAUCAAGAAGCUACAUCCGGUAUCACAUUUGGUAAACGAGCGAGGACAAACCAUUCUUCACAUCGCAGCAAAAUACGGGAGAGAUUCAGUAGUGAGAUAUAUACUAAGACAUCCAGAUCUGGGGAAGCUGAUAAAUGAAGGAGAUCAGGAUGGAAACACAGCUUUGCACUUGGCAGCGAAGUAUUCACAACCCGUCACUUUGAUUCCUCUUAUGCUGGAUAGAAGAAUUAAGCCCUCACUUCUCAACCACGAAAGCUCUACUGCUUUUCAAAUUGCCAAAGUUCGCCUCAGAAGGAACCCGAUGUUACGGGAGUUUUUGGCAAUUAUGGUGUUGCUAUCCGCGUCAGAUAAAAGCCUGGACUCAGUCGUGCUUAGGCCGGAAGCUCGAGAUAAAUUGGCUUUAAUAGCAGUUUCGCACAAAGAAAUACAACAGGUGACUGACGUCACGAGGGAUGUGAUCAAUGCCCGUCUGGUGGUGGCAGCACUUGUGGCUACUGUGACUUUUGCAGCUGGUUUACAAGUCCCUGGAGGAUUUAGAGGCUCAGACACGGCGUCCAAAGAUGACCGGGGCAUGGCUACGAUGUUGGACAAGGGAUUGUUCCAGGCCUUCGCGAUUUGCAACACCACCGCCAUGUUCUGCUCGAUGAUUACGGCCAUUGUCCUCAUGUAUGCACAGCAAAAGGACUUCGGUAUUGCGUAUGCCGGAAUCGUCUACGCAUCAGAACUGCUAAGAGUUGCACUCCUGGCGAUGUCCGCCGCUUUCUUAACUGGGGUCACCCUGACCGUUGGCAAACUCCCUUGGCUUGCUCAAGUCAUAUUUUAUUUGGGACUCAUUUUCCUCCUCAUCAUCUCAGUCGCUGCAUUGCCUCGGUUUAUGCCAUUUGCACUCCUUCGUAGCCACCGUCGUCCGAUCCUUCGUCUGAGAUUCUGGCUUGUUCUCAGUUACUUGAGUUUGUUCUGGGUUCCAAAGUACAUUUUGGAUGAUCCGGAAGAAGACGGGACGGCGAGCGGGACCUCCGCUAGUCGGCCUCCGGAUGGUGCUGGUGAAUCGAAGACUGAUGACUCGGCGACGGCGAAAUGUGGGGACGCACCACAUCCUCCCAAUCAUUAGUUUCAGUUGAUAAAUAUCGAUGAUUUGCAUAAAUAAAUGUAUAUUUACCUUUGUGUGUUUGGGUCAUUCCACGGUCUCUCUUACCUAUUGCAUUAGCAUUAUGGUUAUUGCUGAAGUAUUGAAAGAAAUC